UCUCCGUCAUCUCCGCAAUCUCCAUCAUCUCCGUCUAGUAGUAGUAAUAGUACUAUCAGUACUUCUCGUAGUAAUACUAGUAGUAGAAGUUGGGGGGACGCGGCAAAGGGGGCUUGUGUCCCCACUCCACCGGGCGGUUCCACGUACACCUCCCUCCCCCUCCGACACCCGGUUCCGCGAUUUUUCGGGGGAAAAGAGAAAGUUGGCCGCGGAGGACGAUUCAUUCCCGCCGUCAACGCGGCCUGUCGCCCGGACAGAGAGGUCUCGGACAGCCGGGCGCGGGGAUCCACGUCGAAGGACAGACCCGGGGGCGGCUGCCAGGCGUCGCCGGCGGGCGCCUGGGGCGGCCAGGGCUUCGAGCCGGCGUUCUUCGGCUGCGGCGGCGCGCCUCCGGAGCCGCCGGCCGCCUACCAGGGAGGCGGCGGCGGCGGCGGAGCAGGGUCGCCGUGGGCAUCCCCGCCGCCGCCGCUCGCCGAGGCGUCGUGCAUGGCCGGCCGCUACGCGCCCGCGGCCUUCGACUACCGCGCGGCGCAGGCCUUCGACGGCUACCCGGCCUCGCCCGAGGUGGCCAAGCGGCCGGGCGCGCACUACUCGGGCUUCUUCGGCGCGGAGGGGCCCGCGGCCGCCUCCGGGGGCUACCCCCUGCCGCCCCCGGCCUCCCCCGCCGGCGCUCAGGAGUGCCUGGGGCCCGUCGGCGAGGCAGAGACCCGUCAGCAGCCGGCCAUCCCCUUCCUGUACCCGUGGAUGAAGACAGGUCUGCAGGAGAAGCACAAGCGCACCCGGCAGUCCUACUCGCGCUACCAGACGCUGGAGCUGGAGAAGGAGUUCCACUACAACCGCUACCUGACGCGCAAGCGCCGCAUCGAGAUCGCUCACACGCUCGACCUCACGGAGCGCCAGAUCAAGAUCUGGUUCCAGAACCGCCGCAUGAAGUGGAAGAAGAAGCACUACCAGGUGGGGCGCGCCGCCGCCGAGGGGCCGGCGGGGGCGGGGGCGGUGGGUGGCGGCGCCCAUGCGCCGGGAGGCGGCGAAGACGCGGCGUCGCUGGCGCUGAGGCGGCACUUCGACGCCGUGGCCGUCAACUGA